UUGCGAAAUGUUAACAUAGCUAGAACUUUAUCCGGUUUAGACAAAAAAAAAUAAAGCCGUUUGCUUAAAAUGCCGUCGAUGUUUUAAAUGUAAUGCAGAGACUAAUCACUUCAGUGUCCCUGGCAUUCACACAAAAUAAUGCAAUACACCUGACCGGGCAUUUUGAUCAAUUUGAACUCGCAGUUAAUUAUUAAUUUACUGUCUGAUACAUUUUACUUUCAAGUUUAUCUCUUCAAGUACCUUAAAUAUAAAUUCUGUAGUUGUGUUUGCACGUACUUCUUUGAUCCAGAGAAAGACUGUAAGGUUGUUGCACGAUAUUGUGAACUCGUGUGUCGACACAGCUGUCUUCAGAUUCAACACGUAGCGACGCAGACAGAUGCACAAUUACUAACGUGCAAAAUAUGCUGGAGGCUGUCUCGUCCAGUGGUUAAAGAAAAGGGCUUGUAAUCAGGAGGUCCCCGGUUGAAAUCCCAUCUCAGCCACUGACUCACUGUGUGACCCUGAGCAAGUCACUUAACCUCCUUGUGCUCCGUCUUUCAGUAGAAUAUGUCUGCCUCCGCUCCAACCGCACCGCAGCAGGCGGGCAGCCCCUCAGCAUUGCCCCCCGAAUGGGCAGACGACGAGCGGAUGGCUUUCCUGUUUUCGGCGUUCAAACUGAACCGGGAGGUGAACUGCACGGACUGGGACGGGAAGAUGAAUUUCUGGGCGCCGUUGAUCGUGAGCUGCUGCCGGCGGCGGGGAGCUGUCAGCGUCACCCUGCAGGAGCUGAGCGAGAGCUUCAGGAGAAACGGCACCGUGCCGCUGGGCCUGCCCACUGUCGUCCAGGAUAUGAUCAGGCGCGGGAAGCUGCAGAAGGAGUCUGAAUUUGCAGCUCUUGUGGAUCCAGGGUGGCUCUCGUGGGGCGUGGGGCUGCUGCUGGUCAAGCCGCUGAAAUGGACCCUGACCACCGUCCUGGGCAGCAACCGCGUGCCACCGGAGGAGCCCUACGUGGUGACGGAGCUCGUCAAGGAGAAGGCUUCAGAGCUGCUGCGUGUGUAUCGAAGCUCCCCCGCGGCCGAGCGCACCCUGCUCCCCUUCCAGGAGCUGCGGGGGUUAGCGGCUCACAUCUGCCCUGACGAGACCACCCUGUGCCUGGCUCUGCUGCAGCUGCAAAGGGAGAAGCAGGUCACUGUGGCCGUGCACGAGGGGGAGAAGAUUGUGAAGUUCACCCAGGCAGGGCAGACCCGCGUGUCCCCGGUCGGGGAGGUGGACCUGGGCAUCUACCAGCUGCAGAGGAGCGAGCGUCUCCUAGGGGAGAGAGUGGAGGCGCUGGCUCAGGAGGCAGAGAGGUGCAGAGAGGAGGCCAGGACUCUCCUUGGCCAGGGGAAGAAGACGCAGGCGCUGCGGUGUCUCAGAGCCAGGAAGCGUGUGGAGAAGCGAGCGGACAGCCUGCACGCGCAGCUGGAGACGGUGCAGGGCAUCCUGGAGAGGAUUGCCAACUCACACACAGACCGCCUGGUGGUGCAGGCGUACCAGGCUGGCGUGUCGGCUCUCAGACUGUCUCUGAAGGACGUGACGGUGGAGAGAGCUGAGAACCUGGUCGACCAGAUCCAGGAGCUUUGUGACGCCCAGGACGAAGUGAACCAGACGCUGGCAGGACUCGACAUCUCAACGGACGGGGACACAGAUGAGCUGGAGGCGGAGCUCAGGUCUAUAUUGGAAGACACCACUCCGGACAGCCCGCCCCCUCUCCCAGAGGUUCCGACGAAGCCCCUCCCCUCAAAUCUGGCAGCAUCUCCAGGGUUGAAGCCCAGCAGCUCCACACUGAAGAGCACUCCUGCCCUUGAAGCAGCGCAGUGAAGACUGGAGCUGUCUGGAGAGAGGGACUGAAGGAGCAUCCCAGCACGGAGCUGUCUGCAGAGAAUUCCAGCACGGAGCUGUCUGCAGAGAAUUCCAGCACGGAGCUGUCUGCAGAGAAUUCCAGCACGGAGCUGUCUGCAGAGAAUUCCAGCACGGAGCUGUCUGCAGAGAAUUCCAGCACGGAGCUGUCUGCAGAGAAUUCCAGCACGGAGCUGUCUGCAGAGAAUUCCAGCGUGGAGCUGUCUGCAGAGAAUUCCAGCACGGAGCUGUCUGCAGAGAAUUCCAGCACGGAGCUGUCUGCAGAGAAUUCCAGCACGGAGCUGUCUGCAAAGAAUUCCAGCACGGAGCUGUCUGCAGAGAGGGACCGGAGCAUUAAAAACCGUCUGGAUCAAGAAAACUGCCUUUUUAAAACAAAGUAAUCAUCUGUGUCUGUAACUCAGUUUUAAAGAGGCCUUUACUUUCUGAAUUGAUUUUUUAUGUUAAAAACACACAGGCAUUUAUAUACACACAUACUGUAUACUACUUGCAUACAAUAUAAAAAUGAUAUUGCUGUUA